CUCCCCAGUGAUGUAACAGUGUAGGGAGUGAGUGUGCGCGUGCGCCGCGCCACCAGCCACAACGUGUGUAAACAAAAGCCACCACAGGAGGGACAAGUGUCACUCACAACUGCUAUUUUGUCUGCUGUGUGCGCCCCUCGCCGCCCCGACUGACUGCCAUGCAUGCCAUUGAGGGCUCCGGGAACGUGCCAGCGUUCCUGACCAAGCUGUGGAGGCUUGUGGACGACGUGAAGACCAAUGACCUGAUCAGUUGGACGCAGAAUGGCCGGAGCUUCAUCAUCCAGAACCAAGCUAAAUUUGCACGAGAGCUGUUGCCACAAUAUUAUAAACAUAACAACAUGGCAAGUUUUGUUAGGCAACUUAAUAUGUAUGGCUUCCACAAGGUGGUGUCGGCAGAUUCCGGAGGAUUACGGGUAGAAAGAGAUGAGAUGGAAUUUGCCCACCAACAUUUCCUUCGUGGCCAGGAAUCCCUUAUAGAGAACAUAAAGAGGAAGCAACAACGUAGACUUGCAAGCGAUGGGGUCGAUUUUUCCCAGAUACCUACAAGCCGUACUGUGAUCAUAGAGGAAAACAAGAGCGUCAGCAAGCUGUUAAACGAUGUACGGGAUAUGAAGCGUGACCAGGACUCCAUGAGCACAAAGUUACUAACUCUGAAGCGUGAGAAUGAGGCACUUUGGAGGGAAUAUGCCAACAUGAGGCAGAAGUUCUCCAAACAGCAACAGAUAAUUGAAAAGUUAAUCCACUUCCUCCUUGCCAUGGUCAAGAGCCCUUCCAAACCUCUGAUUCAAAAAAGAAAAUUUAGCCAUCUGGCUUUGGAAGGCAGUGAGGAAUCCUCUUCUCCGUCUGCCAAGAUUAACACUCUCCCUCAAUUUUCUCAAGGAAAUCCCAUUGAUAUUGGAGAAUGUGAAGGUGGGACGGUGGGAGGUGCUCAGAUUCAAGAAGUAACUGACCUGGUCGAUCCUAAUGAUCCAGAGAGCAUCACAAAUGUGUUCUUGUCCGACGAUGAUAGCUCGGAAGAUAACACACUGUUACCCGAAGUAGAGAGUGAUUCUGGCAUGCGAGUGUCGGAAUUCAUUAAAGAUAAGUUGGAAACGGAAACAGUGCUCACAGUUAAUGGCGAGCCUUUUCAUUUUAUCGACAUAAACCACGAUCAGCCUCUUACCACAACAACAAUUACAGACCCUGUUUCUACGAUGACUGUUGUAAGUCCUGAAGGCACCGACAUGACUCAGAAUUUUAAUGAAAAAACCUCUAAUUCGUUACUGGACGAAGCACCUCUUAGUCCAGAGCUUUUAGACACUGUCGAUCCAAGUGCCGUAACACAGUCGUUUAAGUAUGCCGUUAGUGACACGCCUGUUGUGAGCUCCAGCAGUAGCAGUGUGAGAGCUUGCAAAGACCCUAGUCCUUCAACAUCUGUGAGCUCGGCCAAAGUCCAAACAGUUAGCCAGAAGGGCAAGAUGAAGGCCAUCAAGGCUGAGAAGGGCACUACUUCAAGCUCUACCUUGAGUGUUGCAGUCCCUGAUAAGGGUUUACACAACAGACAGGAACUCCAGGCCCACAUGGAUGAUAUGCAGACCACUAUUGAUUCCCUGCAAGAUCUUCUCAGCACAGGAAACUUCAGUGUCGAUCCUUCCAUGUUUCUCACAUUACCUCUGCAGAUGUUUGGCUCUGAGGACUACAUGCCAGAACUGGACUCUAUGAGCUCUGUUACCAGUGGGAAUGAAUUAUCAGUGUAUAAUCCGAGCCUGCUGGACCUAGCUGGAGACAUUGAAGAAGACGAUCCAAUGGCCUUCCUCAACAGUGCUUCUCCUACAUCCACCGCAGCCCCUACAUCUACAUCGUCCCCUUCAAACAGCUCUGCGGGGCCCACUCCACCCAAACAGCUUAGACUGAACAUAAAAAGAGAGUGUAUUAAUGAUGAUCCAUUGGAAACGCCUAAGAUUUUAUCGCCUGUUAAUUCCCCCGUGUAUCGGGGUAAGAGGCGUACUAAUUAGGGAAUUGACAUACUUGGUAUGUGAAGCAUAUUUAUGUUCAUCACUUGGAAACAUAAGCAACCAAGGGCAAUGUGGAUACGAGGUGGUGAUAAGCCUUUCUUGUGACGGUGAUAUUAAACUGCAUCUUUCUAUAUGCUAGAAGCCUUGACAUAGUUUCCUUAUUUAUGUAAGUUAAGUUACUGCAUAUUAAUUGAAAAACUUAUGCAUGAAUGAAGUUGCAAGUGCACAAAAAGACAAUUUGUUAGUCCCACUAGUAUUUUUUAUGAAGAAUUUUUCAUGAAAAGUUGUAGAAAGGUUUGGUUAGUGUAUUACUAACUAUAAGAGAGAAACAGAUAAGCAUUUGUCAAGUCAUUUGUACAUACAUUAUAUGACUGUAAAUUAAAAACAAAAUGGUAUAUGAUUGAAGAUGAAAGUAUUUAGCAAGAACUUAAUUGUGUUUCUUAAUUAACACUGGUAGUAACUGCUGAAUUUCUAUUGGUUGUAAUUUUGCACAAAAGCAAGUGUGCAGACACAGGGUUGUGCUUCAAACACUACUAGGAAACACUUGUUCAACCUGUACUCUGGAAAUCAAUGUUACAGCAGGAAGAUUGCAUUUUAGGGUAACUUGCUGCACAUUUAGACUGUAGCAUUCAGAAAAGUAUGCAGUAGUUAUGGUAGUGAUUUUCUUUCCUCUGUUUUUUUUGUACUGAAGAGGGUGAAGCCUGUUGCUGCAGUAAUGUUGUAAAGAGUUCUUACCAGCAUACCAGUUUUGUUACCUUAAGUCUGUUUCUCAGAUAUUUACAAGGAGUGAUAAAUGUUAUGGAAGCUAUUGCACUGCAUGAUAUUUUAAUGUUUGAAGUAAGUUGACUUGUUGCCUAUACAUAUUGCGUGAUUGGGCUAAUAAUGAUUCUUGCAAAGCAUUCAGGAGUUGGAAUACAGUAGCUAUGCAUUGCAAGUGAUGCAAAUAGCAGCUUAGGCUACAAAGCAAUUAUGUAUUUAGUUGAGCUUAAAUUGUGUACUAUAUAAGUAAAAAUUAUGCAAUUGAAUUGUUAGCAAAUAUGGUGUUAUAUGCUUACUUCAAUUAACAUAUUAUGGGAGAAACUUCUGCAAACUCAUGUGAAGGAUUAAGGUGUCAGGGUCUUUGAUAGAGGGAAUAGGUGAUCAGAGCAAUAUAGAAUUAGUGAUCAAGUCGGGCUGGAUAAGUAACAUAGCACAGAUGACGAGAUAAGUCGUGUAAGACGGAUUGCCAGAUGAGCAGGGUAGGAUGGAUAGCCAGAUGAGCAGGGUAGGACGGAUGGCCAGAUGAGCAGGGUAGGAUGGAUGGCCAGAUGGGCAGGGUAGGACGGAUGGUCAGAUGAGCAGGGUAGGACGGAUGGCCAGAUGAGCAAUGUAGGACGGAUAGCCAGACGAGCAGGGUAGGACGGAUGAGCAGGUCAGGACGGAUGGCCAGAUGAGCAGGUCAGGACAGCUGGCCAGAUGAGCAGGGUAGGACGGAUGGCCAGAUGAGCAGGUCAGGACGGAUGGCCAGAUGAGCAGGGUAGAACGGAUAGCCAGAUGAGCAGGGUAGGACGGAUGGCCAGAUGAGCAAGGUAGGACGGAUAGCCAGACGAGCAGGGUAGGACGGAUGGCCAUAUGAGCAGGGUAGGACGGAUGACUAUAUAAGCAGGGAUGGAUGAGUGACCAGAUAAGUAGCAUAGGGUGGAUGACCAAGCAACCAGGAAAGUGUAAGUAACCAAGCAACCAGGAAAUUGUGGGUAACCAAGCAACCAGGAAAGGGUGAGUAACCAUGUAAACCAGCAUAGGACAGGUAACCAGGCAAGCAACAUAGUAUGGUUGACCAGGCAAGCAGCAUAGUAUGGUUGACCAGGCAAGCAGCAUAGUAUGGUUGACCAGGCAAGCAACAUAGUAUGGUUGACCAGGCAAGCAGCAUAGGAUGGGUGGCCAGGCAAGCAGCAUAGUAUGGUUGACCAGGCAAGCAACAUAGUAUGGUUGACCAGGCAAGCAGCAUAGUAUGGUUGACCAGGCAAGCAGCAUAGUAUGGUUGACCAGGCAAGCAGCAUAGGAUGGGUGGCCAAGCAAGCAGCAUAGGAUGGGGUAACCAGGCCAGCAUAAAAUGAGUGACCGGACAUAAACAUCGAAAUCUAGAUUUUCACAGUUGGAAACAAAGUCAAAUGAUCGACACUUGCCAUAAGGGAAUUUUAUUUUGCAAUUUGUGGUGUAGCUUCCUCUUCCUCCUCGCCAUUCUCGCCUUUCCCUUAAUUGCCAUUAACACACUGGACCACUGACAAGGACCACAACUAGGUGAGUACCGGACAAAUCACAUCAUCAGAUGGCAUACCAUAAGCUGGGUCAUUAGCACCUAAAGGUUAAUUGCUGCUGUUCCUAUAUAAUUUAUUCUAAAAAAAAAACUAAAUUUGUAAUAAAGUCUACUAUAAAGAAAAUCUUUCAAAGAGGUGAGUCCCCUUGCUGUAUCACUUGAGAGAGCAGAAACACUUGGCUAACUCACAGGGUUGGGAUGGAUCCAGUUAUUAUAGCAGGUAAAUAUAAGUUUAGUGUUUCUGACAGUCUAUAAAUAUUUGUGGCAAUAUUUAAUAUUUAUAUAUCAUUGUUUUAAUGCAUUUAUGUGCUGUACUGUAUAUGUAAACAUUGGCUACCUCAGGUCAUUCAGUAAUCUGACAGUUAAGUUCCAUUAUUGGGGUUUCGUGUGAAUCAAAAAAGGCGGGGAGCCGAGAUUUUGACAGUUACAUGGAGGUAAGCUAUUUAGGCCUGAAUCAAUGAAUGGUUAGUGUAGAGUACGCAGGAGAUGGAGACAGACGCAUGGUGACAAGAACCUCAAGGGGUGUAAACCUGUCUGCCUCACCUUUGUCCAUGAUGAAAUGGUCUAUUUAAGCAAUUUUGUGUACAUUGUAUUUUCAGUUAUUACUAUUUGAUAUUUUUACAAUUUAUUGUACUGGCCUUUAAGUAUUUAAAUUUGUGUAACUGUAUUUCUAAACAUUUGUUUGAUUACAUAAUUGUUAUACAGUAUUCUACUUUAAAAUUGUUGCAUGCAGUAUUUAUAAAUAUAUUGCCAGUACUAUUCAUUUGCAUUUAGCAGUAAAUAUAAAACCACAGGUGCAAUGCAAUUCUAAAUUUAAUUUUGUAUGUUUUUGCAUCAUGCAUCCAGACCAAGGGCAAGCUUCUCCUGCGUGCAAGCAAUGGGGGGUACUUCUCGCUAUAUCAACCUGUCAUCUAGAAAUGAUAGUACCCUUCGUUACAAUGGCUGGAAGUACAAAAUUUGGACCGUUUCACACAGAAAAGUUCACAUUUUGUACUUCAGUUUUGUAUUGUGCCUGAUAAAGAAACCCAAUCCUAAUGUUUCCUGGCUCAAGUAUAGUGCAUAUAUAUACUAAGGGUGCACAAGUUUGACCUAGGACAGGGUAGGUCAAGUUUAUAGUUAUUGGUUUAUACUCGAUAGUUCGGUCGAUAGAGCUUUGGCCUGACAUGCGUGGGGACUGCGGUUCGAGUCUCCUAAACCCCAGGUGAAUGGAAUAUAGUUACUGUGUUUACAUUUAUUAUGACAUUUAGAAUUCAAAUAGUACAAAGCAUGACUUUUUUGGGGGUACAACAGUCUAUGGUUGAUCAGUUCUAUCCAUAAUAACUAAAGGUUCAAUUUUUCGGGGAAAAUGGGUUGCAUUAUUCAUGGAUUUUCAUGCAUUUUUCAUUAUUUGUGAACAGGCAAAAAUAUCUGCAGGCAGUAGUAGUGAGGCUAGAUCAGUUAGGAAGAAGUUGAAGAGUUAAUAUGGACAAAAUAGCUAAAUUGGCCUAGAAAAGUGAUAAAGGGUGAGAAGCAAGGAGGCCAGCACAGGAGUGUGGUACAGUACUGUUUAUUAAGUCAAACAUAUAUUUAGAGGUUUUAGAGUUCUUUACCAGGAGAGAGCGAGAGAGAGUUCUGGUGGUAAGAAAUGCUGUGUACGAGGAAAAUGUUCAGAGGCUGAAACUUCAGUCAGUUACAUUACGUGGAUAAAUCAGUUCUAAUAGAAGUUACUGCAAGUACAAUAUUUAAAUUUUUAUUAUACAGUAUUUUGUAUACAGUAAUUUUGCAUUUGAAAAAUCCUUGUUUAUAUAUCAUUUUGAGUGUACACAUGCAAAAAUAUGUGUUAUCUUUUUUAGUAAAGAAAACAACAACAACAACAAAUACAGCAAAGUUUUUAAAUGUUCCGAAUUUCUGAGAGUCAGAUGCAAAAUGGUCAGUGUUUUUGAGGACGCUACAGUAUUGGUGCACCUCCAGGUCUAUGGUUUUUCAAAGUGCUCAGAUACAUAUAUUUGUUUUUAUUGGAUUGUAGAAUAUGUAAUUGGACAAAGUAAUUAUGAAAGUAAAAUUAUCUAUAAUUUCAUCAUUAAAGCACCCUGUACUUUAUGAAUAAUUGAUGGUUAGUGCUUCUGCAUGUUAAAGCAUUACACAUGAACAUAUUUUAAUAUAAAAUUUAAACAAAUUUAGUUAAAAAUAGCCUCUCUGAUAUUGAAAUUUUCCUGCCGCCACCUUCUUGGGCCCCGGCACCACCACCUGGCGAACAUUUUUACUUGAACUGUAAUGAAAAAAAAUAAAACUGACAUUUCAUUACUGACUUUGAGGUUGAUGGCACGCUUUAACAGCCAGCCAAUCAGCGAGUCUUCCUCUUGUUGGAAGUCUGACUGCUGAGGCUGCAAAGCUAAUGGUGCUGUUUGCUCAAGUUUAUAAUUUUCAAUAUCAUGAUUUUUGUAUCUGAUUGGCUCUCCUCUGUUUUGUGAGCUGACAAUGAUGUUCUUUAGCUCUGCUGUUAUCUCUCCUUUAUGUCUGGGUGUAUGGGGGAGUAUGUGGUUGGGGUAAAUGCUGCUGGUGUCCAAGUCACGUCAUAUAAACAAUUUAUAUGAUAUGGGCGUGGAUCACUAAUUCCUCUGGGCUUCAGUAAUAAUCAGUGAAAGUCAAAAAUUGAAGUUUGGCAGCAGGAUGCUGCUUCAGGAAACUUUCCUUAUUAAGACUACUCAGUAGCUUGGUUGAUAAGAGCUUCGGCCUCACACGCAUGGGGUCGACGGUUCGAUUCUCCUAGAGCCCAGGUGGACGGAAUGUUUAUUUCCACGGAAGUGUGGAUGACAUUUUUUUUUGUGAUUGUCAUAAUAUUUAUCAACUUUGUGUUUUUUGUAUUGUGGAAAAUUCAAUACUGGGAAUUCCUCAUAGUUGUGGAGAAUUUUUCGGCUAUCGUGCAAAGACCUGGCCUACCUUUUCCACGACCUCCACAUGUGGUAUCACGAACGCGUUUUGCGUGGGCAUCCAAAUCGUCCUAACUGCGUGUAUAUUUGUUUGGUCAACAACCAUAACUCCUUCUCCGACGAGCUCUUGGAGGACCAUCUUCAUUACGUAUUUCAUAGCCAUGUAUAACAGUUAACUCAUCCUGGGGCUUGGGAGAUUGGUCAGAUUUGUUAAACUUGUCAUCGUUCCACUUAUCAUUUUUUUCAAACUUUCUUCUUGCCAACUUCCUUUUUAGCUACCUGUACAGGUUCUUUAACCGGUUUCUCUACACCGUCUUCAGCAACAGUCUGGUCAUCGUGCUCAUAGAAAGUACUUUUCAUGGGGAUAUACUAAAGGUUUUCCCAAAUCUUCAUCGCCAUUUUGUUGUCAGCACGGGGCUUCCGUGGUCCUGUCUCCUCAUCCUCGAACUCAUCAGAAUCCUCAUCUAAAGCCCUAUAUUUAAAGAACAGUUAAAAUAUCCAGGGAUAAUGCUGUAAAUUUUUUUAUGACACCAUCUUUGGAAUAGAUGUGAUAUUAAGUGGCCUUGACUGCAAUUCAGAACCAAAUUAAAGUUUUUGUAUAAAUACAAGGGAAUGACAUGUUUGAAAGGAGUCUCCUUUCUUUAUUAAUGGUUUGUUCUUCAUCAAGUAACACGAGUCAUUGAUAUUUUCAGCUGAAGCUCAUCUCUGUAUUUUCUUUCAAGGACUUCAUUUUUAUAUACAUUGUUAUAUUUUUGUUUCCCUGUAUGAAUUUGUAUUUUCUCUCUGGUGAAGAAUGAAAAUGUUGCUCAUCAGUUUUAUCCAUUAUUGUGAUAGCUGCUGGCUUUUGUUUAUCGUAAUUGAACACGGACCUGCGCCUUACUGCCAGAACUGCACGGUUCUCUCUCUCUAGUCACUCACUCCAAGGUGGACUCUCCUGAGUUUCAGGAUGAAUGGCAAUUUUGCUUUCCCACUGUGCCUACAUUGUAUUUGUCUCUAGAUGAAAUCUUCGCUGAAUCUGGCUCCUUAGAUAUCAUCUUGCAUCUUUCUACUCUAGUAUCGGCAUCCUGAAUGAUAUCUAGAAACUUUAAUUUUCUGUAACAGUACUGUACUGUAAUUACUGGGCUUAGCAUUUGCUGUUGAUAAUUACUUCCCAGCAAUUGGUAUAGUUUCCAUACCGUUUAUCACCUUAAGGUUUGAACGUAAUUUCAAGUGAAAUACACAAGACCUAAAUAUGCAAAUUUUUUCAGAUAAUUGUAGUGAUUGUAUAAUACAACGCAAUGCCGAUGUUGCUGUUGUCAUAAUUCAGUAAUUUGUGUUUCUUCCUUCAUAGAUUAUAUCACUAUAUAUCUGUAUAUUUGUAUGUAUAGUCUAUAUAAUCAAUCUCCAUAAUAAUCAUUUCUUAAAUAUUCUCUGUUUGCAUGUAGAAGGUAUAAAUAUCUGGACACGUGUGAAUGUCUAAACGCAAUUAAAUUAUUAUAUUAUACUGGUUAUAUUAAUUAAUACUGUAAUUAUUUGGCAUAGUUUUACCCUGUUAGGAAGUAUUAAGGAAUUAUCAGUAAGGGAUAUUUAGGUAUGGUCUGGCUGCUUAGUUUUGGCUUAGAUUAAAAAAUGUGCAUAUUUAUUAGAGGGGACAUCUUAGCUUUAGGAGACAAAGUAAAUAUUUUGGCAAGUCUUGUUUUUCAUGGCACAAAGUUUAGAUCUUUAGCUAAAUUUUAAUCUUUAUUUGAAAUUGGAAAUUAUGCUUUUCCACAGUUUUUUAUAUUUUUUUAUUGUUAUGUCCCUUGAUGAAAUCCUCAGAGAAUCUGAUUCCUUUGAUGACCAAACCACACACUAGAAGAUGAAGAAACGACGACGUUUCGGUCCGUCCUGGACCUGGAUCAAGUCGAUUUUGGGAUUUCUUUGGUGUCGCUCAUCUUAUGUCUAUGCUCUUGUUCUGGCAUCCUGAGUGAUGUGUAGAAACUUGUGACAGUUCCGUGACACAGACGGUGCUGUGAAUUGUUCCAUGUUUGACACCCUCAUCUGGUAAUUACUUAAAAAGAAAUUCGAUUUGUUAGGUAGCUAUUUGGUAGACCAUACGAUAUAUACGUUUGUAGUCUGAGCGUGAUUUUAUAUGUACAGGUACAUGAAUUUUCAAGAUAAAAUAGGCAAUUCAAUAAAUGGUUUUAUUUAAUGUAUGUAUGUAUUGGAAUGACCUCGAGUCAUUUCUACAUUGCAUAUUAUAGUUCUCUUUCUCAAACUAAAAAUUUGUUUAUGGGAAAUGUUUAAUAUAUUUUGAAUUGCAAAACAAGUCUCCAGAAAAUGUGCCAAUAGUUCAGUCAGUUAAAUAAUAAAUUUUAAAUAGAUGUCAAUCAAAAUUCAUUGCUGCAAAAAGAUUCAAAUUGAUCAACUUCAAUAAAAUUAGAUUUGCAAAAAAUGAGUUAAUGAUUGUGAUAUUAGCACUGAAUUUCAAGGAAAGUUAAGAGACUUGUUGGAGUACUGUGCAUGAACUGAGACAAUGGUGCUUGAAGAGCAGCAGUGAGAAGUCACAAGGUGUGUGCGUGUGUGUAACAAGACUCCACCCGGUCCUUGGUUGCUUAACCCAAUAUUAUCCUUCACAAAGUGAAGUAGAUGCUGAAUACUGGUUUGUGCAAAAUAGAUGCAAAUUUUCUGUGCACAUCACACGUUAUAUAAAGUGUUUAAAUCGUUCAUAUUAUUUAAGGCUUAUCACAAAAAAAAAUUGAAUUUCUAUAACAAAAAUGUGCAACUUAAACAUUAUCCAGUGUGUAUUUGAAAAAAAAAACAUGCAGAUGGAUCAUAUAUAUGCAUUUCUGUAAAUUCCUACUUACAUAUAGGGUGAUGACAUUGUGUCUGCAUUUACAAUAUGAAACGGCUCUGCAAUGUAUGCUGGAUGGAAUCAUUAGUGAUUUCUCAAUAAUCAGUAACUAUAAUUAAGUUUAAUUACUACAAUUAAGAUUUGUUACAUUGAAAACAUAGUCAUUAUUUUUUGUACAUUAUUGCCUUAAGAUUGUGAUUUAAUGUAUUGCAAGAUGCUUUGUACAAUAUAACACAUAUAUCUUUGAAUAUUUAUACUGUAUAUGCCCUGUACAUAAAUUUAACAUCAAAGGCUCGAAUUUCAAGAUGACAUAAUUAGUUAUUCUGAGCCCAAUUGUGCUUCUGUAUGGACUGUUAAUCCUUUUCUGGUAGCUUAAUGCUGGUAAGAUGCCUGAAAGGAAGCCGCAGAAGG